AUGGCCCUUCUACCCACCCUCCCCACCCUCCUCCUCGCCCUGAGCCUCCAGUCUUUCGUAUCCGCGCACGGCGCCACCUCACCCCUAGCGCUCGCUCGACGCAGCGCUUACCACCUAGACGCGCGCGCGGCGCUCUCGCGGUGCUCGCACAAGCUGCGGUUGCGAGAGCUAGCCACGCACCGGCUCGCGCGGCGCGCGGAGCUGAUAGAAUCGUACCUUUCCCGCCGUAGCGUCGAGAAGCGCGCUUUCGUCCCGCGCCCGAUGUCGAAGCUCCAGGGGAACGGCAGCGAGCCGUGUAUUCUGGCGCCGGAGGUUACGAUUGGGCCUUAUUAUGUCAAGGAACAGCUGAUACACGGCGAUAUACGUAAGGGCGAGGGCGAGAGAGGCGUGCCGCUGCUGCUCGAUCUGCAGUUUGUCGAUAUUAACACGUGCGAGACGGUUCCGAACGUUAUGGUUGAUGUUUGGCAUUGCAAUACCACUGGAAAGUACUCGGGCUUUGAGGUGGAGCAGACCGUUGGCGAAUCGUUGAAUCGGGGAUUGCACCCCACUGAUCGCCACGAGAUAAUGCACAUGACCACCUCCUUCCCGGGCUGGUACAGCGGACGGGCGACACACAUCCACAUCGCCGCGCACGUCGGCGGGGCUAUCGACCGGCGCAAGCGUGUGUACGUCGGCGGCAACACGACCCACAUCGGGCAGGACUUCAUCUUCCACCAGGAAAACACCGGGUACGAUGCGCUCGCCGACUACCAGCUCCUGGGCGAUGAGCUCGACGACGGCGUGCUCGCGUUCCUUAGCAUAGGCAUCGAUGCGAAGAUGGACUACCCCCUCGAGAUGACGUUCCCCGGUGGAGGUGGCCCAGGCGGAUUCAGCAUGCCCCCGAACUUUACUAUCACUCUCCCGCCCGGGCUCACCCUGCCCCCAGGGUUCACCAUUCCCUCCGGCGUAUCGGUCGUCACCGCCACCGGCACGCUAUCCGGUACGCUCGGGAUCCCGUCGCCAUCGGCGAAUGCCACCGCAGCACCGUAG